CGCGCCGAUGCUGCGCCCGCCGGGGCUGUCAAACUCCGGAGCGGACUGGAGAGCGAGCGAGAGAAGCUGGGGCUGAACGGCCCGGGGCUCUCCUUUCGGGGCGGGCAGCAGAAGCAGAAGCGGGAGCCGGAGCCGCAACAGUCGGAGCCGCAAGAGGCACAGCAGCAGCAGCAGCAGCAGCAGCAGCAACAGCAGCAGCAGCAACAGCUACAGCCUUGCAAAACUGGAGAGCCAAGCCUCCCCCGGAGCGCCAGGAGCCGCCGGUGCGCCCUUGCUCCCCAAGCGCUUGGGAUCCGCGCCUCGCCUCGUUUGGGCCAAGAGCAGCCCCCCUUUUUCCCCCUCGCCAUUUUAAUUCAUUCCGCAGCAGAUCGGACGGCCCCUCCCCUCCCUAGAACCCCCCCUUGCCCCCUCCCCAAAUCAGGGGGCUUGGAUUUGGCAGCGCUUUUUGGUGCCAAAAAGCGAGACUUAUUUUUUUUUGGGGGGGGAGGGGUUUGCCAAGAACGCAGAGCGAUGGUGCUGGGGGAAGAAGAGGCGGCGACGCUGGUGGUUUUGCUGGGGGUGUUGGCGACGGCGGCGGGGUCCUCCCCCGGCGAUCUGAUCUGCUUCUUUUGAUCUGGAUCCUUCUUAAAGUUUAGCGUCCCCCCUCUUUUUCCCCCCUCCGCUCUCCGUCCCCCUUUUCUGCGUUGCCUCCCCUCUCCAAUCCCUUCUGCCUUCUCUUUUGGACGGUUCCCUCCCCCCUUUCCUCGCACCCCCUCUGUCUUCUGUCUCCCUCCCCUCUUUUUUUGUGGGGGGAGGGGAGGGAGGGGAGGGAGCACAUCUGCAACCGGGUGGCACAUCUGCUGGAGAAAGGCCCUGCGGGGACCUGGGCUCGAGGUGCGGCGGGAGGGAAGCCCUCUUUGGGAAGAAAAGGGAGAGCGAACGCGUGAAUGCGCUUCCCGGGCUCCCGGAGGGGGCUUUGCAAGCAAGCGCCGCGGUGGGGAAAGGGAGGGAGGGAAGGGGGCGAGGGUCUGGCCCACGGAGAUGACUCGGACGGGCGUUUGAUGAAGGCGAGAGCAUAACCCCGGAGGGGGGCCCGCCACCCCCUCCCAGAGCCACGUUUAGAAGCUUGGAAAGAGGGGAGGGGGGGGAGAACCUGCCUAUGUGCGCAGUGAGAGCGGGUGGGGGCGAGGUGUUGGACUUGGGGUGGAAGCAGAGUCAAGGCACUCCUACCCUUUUAAUUGCAAAAUCUAUGUUGAAGCCCUCGCCCCUUCCCCAAAACCGGACUAGAUCGAUUUGCUAAGAGAGAGGGGGGGGGGGAGUUCUGGGGUGAAGCGCCGCCCAGAAGUGAUGCGUCUCCUCCCCUCCUCUUAAUCCCCCCCCCAAACCUUGGGGAUAGACGUGGGGGGCAUUUUUUCCCUCUCCCCUUUUGCGUGGAGGGGAGGGGGGGAAGAGAGAGAGAGAGAGGAUGCCAUGAUUUAAGCGCACACCCGGAAUUUCAAAGCCCCCCUCUCAUUUACCUCGCCGCACCCACUGCGCUUUCAGAUCCAGACCUCCGGAUUCGGAGGGGCGCCCCGAACGAUGUUUCCCCGCAUUGGGGGGGGCCCUGCCUGAGAAACAGCUGGAGGCGUGGAUGGAGACCCUGGAUCAUUCGGCAGAAACGGCCUAUUAACCCCUUUUUUGGUGGGGGGGGGGGAAGGAAAAAAAAAGGACAACGUUCCCAAGAUAGGGGAAGAAAAAAAAAAGAGAGAAAGAAGUAACCUUGAGAUCUAGCCGCUUAAAAAAAAAAAACGCAAAGAAAACAGCCAUGGGUUGUGCUCCCAGCAUUCAUAUAUCUGACAGCCGGGUGGUUUAUCACAGUAACAAGGAUCCCGAGGACUCUAAUUCGUCCCAGCAAGGUAACUCCGUGCCUGGAUUAUUCAUUAAAUCUUCCAACAACACGUCGUACAAGUUGAGAGCCAAUCUCACGAAAAAGGACUCUCGGGACAACAUGGAGGCAGACUCCAGGACCAAGAGAUCCAGCGUCAAGGCAGUGGGAACCGAUGUGCAAUUUGGCCCUAUGAGACUCCACCGAGAACAACUUCAGGUACUCUUAGUGUUUGCCAAAGAAGACAACCAGAGCAAUGGGUUUUGCUGGGCUUGUGAAAAAGCAGGCUUCCGAUGUAGCAUUGCCAAGACACCAGAAUCUGCCCUUGAGUGUUUUUUGGAUAGACACCAUGAAAUCAUCAUUAUUGAUCACAGGAAUUCGAGAUACUUCGACGCAGAAACGCUAUGCAGGUCCAUUAGAACAACAAAACCAUCCGAAAACACUGUUAUUAUUGGGGUCGUGCGAAGGCAUGCAGACCGCGAGGAGUCAUCAUUAUUGCCCUUUCUUUCUGCAGGAUUCACAAGGAGAUACGUUGAAAACUCAAACAUCAUGGCUUGUUACAAUGAACUCAUACAGUUGGAAUUCGGAGAAGUGCAGGCACAAUUUAAACUAAGGGCUUGUAACUCGAUAUUUACAGCAUUAGAGAAAAGUCAAGAAGCCACUGAGAUUACAAGUGAAGAUCAUGUAAUACAGUAUGUAAAUCCUGCAUUUGAAGCGGUGAUGGGCUACCAGAAAGGCGAGUUAAUAGGAAAGGAACUAACAGAAGUGCCUACCAAUGAAAAAAAAGCUGAUUUCCUUGAGACUAUUAAUUCUUGCAUCAAGUUUGAAAAGGAAUGGCAAGGAACGUACUACACCAAAAAGAAGAACGGCGAGAGCAUACAACAAAGUGUGAAGAUCAUACCUGUCAUUGGACAGGGAGGAAAAAUUAGACACUAUGUGUCACUUAGUAGACCCUGCAACGACAACAAUAAGGCGGAAAGAAUCUGCGAACGGGUUCAGGCCGAGUCGCAGACAGAUAUACAGACCGGCAGGCAGAAAGACAAAAGAAAAGGUUCUCUCGAUGUCCGAUCCACUACCUCUCGAGGCAGUGAUGGAAGUUCUCAGAGGAGGCAUUCAUCCAUGGCCCGCAUACAUUCAAUGACGAUUGAGGCACCUAUAACCAAGGUAAUAAAUAUUAUCAAUGCUGCCCAAGAAAGCAGUCCCAUGCCAGUGGCUGAAGCGUUGGAUAGAGUCCUGGAGAUUUUGAGGACUACUGAGUUGUAUUCUCCACAGCUUGGCACCAAAGAUGAAGAUCCGCACACAAAUGACCUUGUUGGUGGUUUGAUGACGGAUGGACUACGAAGAUUAUCAGGGAAUGAAUACUUAUUAUCAGCAAAGCAAACCCAUCAAGUACCGGGAAGUUUGAUCUCACCCAUCUCCCUGAAUGACAUCCCGCCCCGGAUAGCUCAAGCAAUGGAAAAUGAACAAGACUGGGAUUUCAAUAUUUUCGAGUUGGAGGCUGCAACUCAUAAAAGGCCUUUAGUUUAUCUUGGCCUCAAACUGUUUGCUCGCUUUCGGAUCUGUGAAUUUCUCGGUUGCUCCGAGUCGACGCUGAGGUCUUGGUUGCAAGUCAUAGAAGCCAAUUAUCACUUAUCCAACUCGUACCACAAUUCAACCCACGCGGCGGAUGUCCUCCAUGCCACGGCCUAUUUCCUUUCGAAAGAAAGAGUAAAACAAACCUUGGAUCCCAUUGAUGAAGUUGCUGCCUUAAUAGCUGCCACCGUUCACGACGUAGAUCAUCCGGGGCGAACCAAUUCUUUCCUGUGCAAUGCUGGAAGUGAACUGGCCAUUUUGUAUAAUGACACUGCGGUAUUGGAGAGCCAUCACGCAGCACUGGCUUUCCAGAUCACCACCCGGGAUGAUAAAUGCAACAUUUUUAAAAACAUGGAGAGGAAUGAAUACCGAACUCUCCGACAAGCCAUUAUUGACAUGGUCUUGGCCACGGAAAUGACCAAACAUUUUGAGCACGUUAACAAAUUUGUCAACAGCAUCAACAAGCCGUUGGCUGCUCUGGAUGACAAUGGGAGUACCAAUGGCGAUGGUGAUCCCAUCAAAAACGUCCUCACGUCUGCUGAGAAUCGAAUCCUGAUCAAACGGAUGCUAAUUAAGUGUGCUGAUGUUUCCAACCCCUGCCGUUCGUUGGAACAGUGCAUUGAAUGGGCAGGUCGGAUCUCGGAGGAGUAUUUUGCACAGACGAUGACGAGAAGAGACAAGGUUUGCCUGUUGUGAUGCCGGUUUUUGACAGGAAUACCUGCAGUAUUCCUAAAUCUCAAAUCUCGUUCAUUGAUAUUUCAUCAUGGACAUGUUUGAUGCUU